AUGAAGAAGCAGUCGUCAAAGAAACCAAAACCAACGGCAGAGGUACUUGACGAGACCGCAGCGUCGACGUUUGUUACAUUCAAGGUUUCGCCUGCAAAACUGCGCGCCUUGAACCUCCCAAGUGCACCUCGCCACGGGAAUUCGAAUUCCAACAAUGCUAUUGAGGAUUAUGAGGCAGAAGAGACGUAUGAAGACACACACGAAGUUGGAGACAAGAGUUCAGUGGAAUCCGACACUGAAAGUGACACCGAUGGUAGCGUUUCCACCACUGGCACCGCCAAUCAUGCCGCCGCCACCGACGGAUCCUUACAGCCUGAGACCUCCCCGGAUGCUGACAUCUUCUACGCCAAUGACAGCGACGCAUCUCAGCGCCAGGGUAAAGCGAGGCGCAACACCCAAAAGGCGACUACUACUACUACCGCCGCCCGCCGCGGCAAACGACACGCCCAAACUAUCCGUAGAACAGGACCUAUUUCUGCAACUUCCACAUCAGUUGCCGGCAGACGUCAAGCCAAAAGGGCAGCUGCCUCCAAAGCAGUCACUGUCGCCUCUGCAUUCGAUAUUAACACACCUUCUUCACCCGGCCCAGGCAUCGACGAAGAUAAUGAAACACACCGCGACUCCGACACUGACGGCCUAGAUUCUUCGCCCUCGACCGACAGCGACGCAGACUCCGAGAUGUCUGACACUCCAGACAAGCGUCCUACACCUUCCCUCAAACUCAAGAUUGGCAGGCCGUCGCUCCCUCCCGCCGAGCCUGUACAAACCCCGAACCCGAGCAGCGGGACGCGCACACCUCUACUCAAGCUCAAACUCGGCACUCCCGCACCAGCCUCUACACCACCGGCACCAACGCAAGGAGAUACGAUUAAUGUCGAACCCCUAUCGUCCUCUAAAAAGCGAAAGCGACUGAACAAUGCCGAGUCCGAAGACGAGCUUGCGCGGCAGGCGCCGAAAACCAAGAUCAAAUUCAAGACGGGACCCGUCCAAGGCCCCAAGCCACCAAAACCACAGCCAGCUGCUCCCGUAGUCAGGUCGGUCAAGAUCAAAGCAAAAGGAAAACCACCCAAACGACCUCUCGGUGUCGGUUACGAUUCGGAACUCGAAGACCGUGAGGCCGACCCCGUCAUUCACGAAGGGUUUAUUCUGCGCAUGCAACCUGGACCGGAUUGUGACUAUGUACGACAAGCAAUUGAGGAUAAAACGAUAGGCAAGCCGCGCGCACAAGGCGGGCCGGACAUUCGGAUAAGAAUGCUGGAUACACUGGGCAGAAGAGGGGUUUUGAUUGUCCGAGGCAACCAGUACGCCACUACCAUGGUUGAUCUGCCUUGUAUCAUUGAAGGGAUGAAGUCGUGGGACAAGAAGGGUUGGAUCAAGAGCAUCGAUAUCAGCCAGAUGCUCUUGGUGCUGGGCCGAUGCAAUACGGACGAGGAAGCGAAGAACUACCCACUCCCCGAGGACGUUGAUCCCAAGAACUACCAGUAUGCCCAUGGCAUCACUGCGCCCAUGAAGUGGGUGAGGAAACGUCGAUUUGCCAGAACCAAACGCGCCCGGGUGGACGACAUCGAAGCUGUUGAGCGGCGGGUCAAUGCUCUGCUCGAGGCCGACCGGGCUGCGGUGUCAACUAAAUACCAGUUGCUCGAUCAUGACCCUCGUCUGGACGAAGAGAGGUACAGUUCUGGAUUGGACGGAGAGGACGAUGACGCCGAAGGCGAAUAUGAUGACUACGACGAAGGAGAUGGCUACUUUGACCCGAGAAAUGUGCCUCAUAAUGGUGCAGCUGUUGAGACCCCGACCAUGUACACGGAAACACAAACACCCGUAGAACAGGACGUGGGCCAGGACGAGAUCGACGAAUUCGAGAGAAUGUUCGCUGCCGCAGACGACCUUGUCGCAUCCGAGGCCGCCGCAACACAGGCUGCUCAGGCCAAUACUAAUACAUUGCAAGUUCCCGAAGCCGCAGAUUCUUCAUUUGCAGUCACCAGCACCUCGGCUUCGCCUUCUAAUAAUACUGUUGCGCCCACGCCGGCCGAGGAGGCUUCGUCGGAUGAGGACGACGAUGAUGAGAUUGGUGAUGCCGCCGCCGACGAAGAUGACCAAGACCUUGACGAUGCGGAGAAAGAGGGCGAUGAAAAUCUGCAGCAGAUCAAGGACAGAAUUCAGGAUAUGCAACACAAGAUUGCGGAACAGACGGCCGUGCUGAAGCAGACUCAGAAUGCCAUCCUCAAGAAGAAAUUGGCGAGGAAGAUUCAAGAUCUCAAGGACGAUGUUGCUAUGAUGAAGAAGAAUGCCGGUCUGGGCGGAGAUGACGAUGACGACUGA